AAUGAAAAUUCUGUGAUAAUAUGAAUUAAUGUGAUACGUUUACCUUUUGCAGUACAAAUUCACUGAAGUACCAGAAGAAUUGCGAAUUCGUACAGGGAAAGUAUUUCGCCAAAUACGUAGUUCUAAAUUUUGUAAUAAACUUUCUUUGAAAGUUCUGAACGGUGUCGACGAUCUUCUCGGACAAAUGAAUCUGACUUACAGAAUACAAUUUCCUUCAGAACGGAUUGUAAAGGAACUGAAGAUAGAUGGAAUAGAUGCCAUAUGUAAACCAGAGGAUGUACAUCUGGCGUUUUUAUAUACGAAUAUUUAUGACAGUCACAGGCUGAUCAUAAAAAUCCAUGAAGCAUUACAAUAUCUCAAGCCUGGACAAGGAUUAAUUUUAACUGGAUAUACAUUGCUUACUCAUUUUAGUAAUGAAUUGCUUUAUCUUAUUGGCUGUGCCUUUGACUACGUAAAUAUUAGGGUCCAUAAUGACGUAGGAUUGAUAAUUACAUUGGAGCACUAUAACUACAAUGAUGAAGUACUAAAAUACUUAAAUGAAAUUAAACGUGCUUCUUGGAUAGCACAAGAACAAAGAUCAACUAUUUUGGAAAUAUUUCAUCCACUCAUUUUGUAUGAAGGAUGUGAAUUAUGCCGCACAUCAGAUUUUAACCACUGGAUCAUAAAAACAUAUGUUCGUAGUGCGCUAGAUUUAUUAAAACGAUACAAGUUCCUUUUUAAUACUAAGUAGUACAAUUUAAAACAAUUAUCUCAGUUAUGAUGCCAAAGUUGUACCAAAAUUUUGAUAUAAUAAAGUAUAAUUGUAAGUGUAUAAA